UCGAUUGCAACUUUUGGGUACAUCUGUGGAACAUUAUUAAAUAUAAUGGAGGAAAAAGUCGCCCUGACGGCUGGAAAACCAAGUUUGGCAAACAUGACAGCUUGGCUCGCUGCAGCUCCUGGAAACUCGCUGACUGGGAACAGUAGUCACAUAUUUACUACUGGUGAACUUUACACCAGUAAAUCUUGACACAAAUCAGCAGAGUGAAUGAAGCUAGACUGAAUAGGGGGAAGUCUGAUUUAAUCAAGGCAUAAAAGUAGGAAAAGCAUACUUGUGACCUUCUUCCUGCGUGGAUACAGCCUCUUGUUUGCCAGAGAAAAAAAAACAUCUCAAGCGUUGAUUUGAAGUAUGACUCGUCGCGUGGCAGUGAUUGGAGGAGGCAGCUCAGGUCUGGCCUGCAUCAAGUGCUGCCUGGAUGAAGGGCUGGAGCCUGUUUGCUUUGAAAGCAGCAAUGACAUCGGAGGCCUGUGGAGGUUUAAGGAGAAUCCAGAGUCAGACAGGGCCAGCAUCUACCACUCUGUCAUCAUCAACACCUCCAAGGAGAUGAUGUGCUACAGCGACUACCCCAUCCCUGCACAUUUCCCAAACUUCAUGCACAACACCCUGAUCAUGGACUACUAUCGGAUGUACGCCGACCACUUCAAGCUCAUCCAGCACAUACGCUUCAAUACCAAAGUCUCCCAGGUGAAGCAGAGAUCAGAUUUUUCCCGUUCAGGCCAGUGGGAUGUUGAAACAGAGAACAGUGACGGCAAAAAGGAGAAACACAUUUUCGAUGCCGUGAUGAUCUGUAUUGGACAUCACUGCCAACCCAACAUGCCUCUCCAUGACUUCCCAGGCAUCAACACUUUCACGGGAAAGUAUUUCCACAGCAGAGACUACAAGACCCCUGAAGAGUGGAGGGAUAAAAAGGUUGUGGUGAUUGGAAUCGGGAACUCUGGAGGAGACAUAGCAGUGGAGCUGAGCAGAGUCACCAAGCAGCUUUACCUGAGCACUCGAAGGGGAGCCUGGGUUCUGAACAGAGUUGGGAACAGCGGGGUUCCCAUCGAUCUGUCCUUCAACAGGUUCACAGGUUUUCUACGGAGAAACCUACCCUUUGGUUUUUUCUGUUCUCUGGCAGAGAAGAGACUUGACCAGAGAUUUGAUCACGCUCUGUACAAUCUGAAGCCAAAGCACAGGUUGUUCAGCCAACAUCCCACAGUGAACGAUGAGCUUCCCAACCGAAUCCUGUCUGGAACAGUUCAGGUGAAACCCAACAUCCGCAGAUUUCAAGGUUCCAGUGUGGAGUUUGAUGAUGGAAGUGUAGUGGAAGACGUUGACCUGGUGGUUUUUGCCACAGGUUACCGGUUUUCCUUUCCAUUCCUGGCUUCACAAGUGCUCUCAGUGACUGAGAACAAAGCAUCUCUGUACAAGUAUGUGUUUCCUCCUGAGCUGGAUCAGCCCACGCUGUCUAUCAUUGGUUUAGUGCAACCACUGGGAGCCAUUAUGCCCAUCUCUGAGAUGCAGGCCAGAUGGGCCACACGUGUCUUUAAAGGCUGCAUAAAGCUUCCUUCAGUGGCUGCUAUGCUAAAAGAUAUCCAGUAUAAACAGGAGACCAUGGCCAGAAGGUAUGUCACCAGUCAGAGACACACCAUCCAGGUCGACUAUGUUGACUACAUGGAUGAGAUAGCUGAGAUGGUGGGAGUCCGACCCAACGUCUUCAAGCUGCUGCUGACUGAUCCCAGAAUUGGACUGAGCGUGGUGUUUGGUCCAAGCACACCCUACCAGUAUCGUCUCGGAGGGCCGGGAAAGUGGGCCGGAGCCCGGCAGGCCAUCCUCACCCAGUGGGAGAGAAUGGCUAAACCCAUGCAGACCAGACCCUGUGAAGUCGAACCCAAGAGAUCCGUUAUGUGGCCUCUGGUUCUGUCAACUGCUGCUGUGAGCUUGGCUGCCUAUGUGAACAGGAGCCAGCUUCCAGCCAUCCUACAGGAUCCAUCUGCAUUGCUGGACAGGAUUAAGGAGCACCUGCCUGCAAUGCUGCAAAGUUCCUAACCAGUCAACUUCAUCUGUGACCGCUCUUUAGAAGCUUGCUAUGAAAACGUUUGCACUGAACUACACACUACACAAAUGUCUGAAAUCAACAAAUUACUGAUAUAUUAGUCAAUGAUGUAAUUGUAUGGUAACUUCGAAGAUCAGCUCGGCUCAUAAACUGAAAGCUUUUAUUCAGCAGAUUCUUUUAUUAAUUAAUGUCCAAUUCACAAAUAUGUUUUGCUUCUGUAUUUUACUGAAUAGUUUUAGGACUAUUUGACUGAAAGACUGUCUUUAUCUAAUAAUCUCACUUGUUUUGUUUGACAGAGUGGAUCAUGAUGACUACAUACAUUGCAUUUCUUUUGCCUUGUUUUGUCUCGUCUAUUUCUUAGAGAACGCAUUUUCAUAAACCAUUCUGACUUCAAAUAUCUUCCGUAUAAUGGCUUUUUUUUUUCAAAUUCUUACUAUUUUAUAGUCCACAAAAGAGAAGAUCCAGGCACUCAUCGUUUGCAAAUAUGAGGAUUUUUAAUGGAGGGCCAGGAACAUUAAAAAGCACACCAACGCGUGUCGGCUUACGCCUUCAUCAGGAUGUGAAUACUCACAGACAAAGAGAGCACCUAAUUAUAGUCAAUGUCUCCAGGUGUGCAGUCACAUGACUGACAGGUCUGAUGUAAUACCUUUGUCAAGCUCUAGAUGUAGACAAUGGGCACAGAGAGCAGGAGUUUACAAGAGAAUGAUCCUCUUUUAAGACAGGUGUUCCCUGAGCCCCCAGGAGUAAGUUUCCGAAGAGCUCCUACAAUCAAGGAUAGAUUAGUUAGGAGCUAUCUUCCUUCAUCUAAACCCACUACAUGGCUUUCCCGUCCAAAAGGGAACUUUCCUUGUGGCCACUGUAGGUAUUGUGAUAACUUGAUAAAAACUAAUACUUUUAUAGAUAUUGGUAAGAGCAGAACUUAUUUCAUUAACUCUUUUGUCAACUGUCAAACAACCCAUGUAGUGUACCGCCUCCAAUGCCCAUGUGGAUGUUUUUAUGUGGGGCUUACUAAAAGAAGGUUGAGGGAUAGGGUGGCUGAACACUGCUAUGCCAUUCGCUCAAAAAACCAAAACUACCCCAUGGCAAGACACUAUAUGGAUAUACAUGACUGUAAUGACUCUACUCUAAAAGUGUUGGCACUUGAAGUUAUCACUAUGGAUGCAAGGGGCGGUGACAAAGUCCUCCGCCUUAGGCAGAGGGAAGCUUACUGGAUACAUGAACUCAGUGCCACAGUGUACCCUGGCCUCAAUGAAGAUUUUGACCUUUCUUGUUUUUUGUAAAACCUUGAGUUUUUCUGUUAAAUUUGUAUUCUCUUGUAAACUCCUGCUCUCUGUGCCCAUUGUCUACAUCUAGAGCUUGACAAAGGUAUUACAUCAGACCUGUCAGUCAUGUGACUGCACACCUGGAGACAUUGACUAUAAUUAGGUGCUCUCUUUGUCUGUGAGUAUUCACAUCCUGAUGAAGGCGUAAGCCGACACGCGUUGGUGUGCUUUUUAAUGUUCCUGGCCCUCCAUUAAAAAUCCUCAUAUUUGCAAACGAUGAGUGCCUGGAUCUUCUCUUUUGUGGACUAUUACUAUUGCCGUUUCCCAUGAGCACCUUCGUAUUGCAGGAUACCAGAAGCUCCCUGUUAUUUCUUUUCUUACUAUUUUAUAUAUGUCUGCAAAUAAAUUAUACAUUUGGAUUGUCAGUGUUUAAAAUGAUGGAUUCCACCAUUUAUAGUGAAGUUCGAUAUGCAUCAAUAUGAACUUCAUAUCAAGUGCAAUUUAAACUAACCUUGUUCAUGAAAAUGUAUUAAAUACGUUUUUAAAAUAUA